AGGCUGGUAACACACCCUUGCAUUAUGCUGCUAGAUCAGGUCUUUUUCACUGUGUUCAGGUAAACAUGCUCUUGCUAGGGAACAUUGCUGUGAGAACUUUAGAACUCAGCAGGUGAUUGGGGGAUCUUUGCCAAAACUGGGAGUCCCCAAGGGAGAUGGGGAGACUAAGCAGCUCUGCACCAUUUUUACCUAAAAUAUUAUUUUUCUUUUUAAGAUCUUGGUUGCCUCUGGUGCCUCCUUGUAUGAAGAAAAUAAAAAUGGAGAGACUGCUUGUGAUUGUGCAAUAAAAGGGAACUUUAAUGAUAUUGCGUCUUUCUUGGAGUCGAGAAUGGUUUUCUCUGUAAGUAUGGAUCAUGUUUCUAAGUUAAAGAAAUCUUCAACUGAUGCCACUCGUACAUGUGUCAGAUGAUACUUACAGAAAAAUGAAAAAGCUGCUUUAACCCAUGAUUCAAACCUAAGUCAAUUUAGGUUGAAUACUGGUUUAAUCUGAGGAACGAUUUUUCUCUUUUGUAAACAAUGACAAGCAAAAGUCAUGCUAUAAUUAUGGGGUAGUGUAAUUAAUUAGUUAGUUAUUGUUAUUCUUAUCAUUAUUAUUUUUUCAUUUUCUUUCAAACUUUGUUCCAAGGAGAGUCCAAGUGCCAUUGCUGUUGAGGAACCUAUAUUUAUUAACACAGAUGACCAGGUAUGAUUAAUUGUAGGUGACUUUUGAGGUGGCAGGAUACAGAUUUGCUACUGGUUUAAAAAGGAAAUAAUUAUUUUAUUAUCAUCAUUAUAUUUUAGAAACAGUAUCGAGGCCUGUGUGCUCAAGAUCUACAAGAAGCUAAGGACUUGAUGCUUGUGGAGACUGCUGAUAUGCUCAGGGUAGGAAUUGCAGAAUUUCAAUAAGAAGUGUCUUUGUGAAGUUCAGUUCUAUCUACACGUAGUUGAAAUAAAUUGUUAGCAAUUAAACAAUGCUCUCAAGAUCUCAAAGGACUCAUUUGAAAGUGUUUGUUUUGUCAUCUUCAACCAAAGAAGAAAAAUCAACUACAUACUCAAUUACAACCCACAGACGGUGUCGAUUUCCACACUAGCCCCCCCCCCCCCCCACCCCCCCACCCCCGAUUUUAACAACACCCCCACUGACGCAAGGCACGGGCGCCCCCAACCACCCCCCCUCAACCCCACAAAAACAUUAUAAUUUUAAUUAACACCCACCCCUCUUCCCCCUUUUUACUUGCCACUACUCUCCUCUGAGGGUCCUUCCCCCUUCCGAUCUCCAACUAAACGUAAUUGAAAAAAAUUUUUAGCAAUUAAACAAUUCCCUCAAGACCUCAAAGGACUCAUUUGAAAGUGUUUGUUUUGUCAACUUCAACCAAAAAAGAAAAACCAACCACAAACCCAAUUACAACCCCCAGGCGGUGUCGAUUUCCCCCCUAGCCCCCCCCCCCUCCCACCCCCCAACCCCUGAUUUGAACACAGGCCACAGUGAUGGAAGGCAAGUGCUCUCACAACCACGCCCUUUGAAACAGAGAAUAAUAUUAUUAUUUAAUUAAACAUCAAGUCGUGUUGCUCUUGUUUAGGUGCCAUUAUUCACUGCGGAGGGUCUGCUGCGGAACCAUGGUUAGUGAAGUUUCGUCAGCAUAUAACCAUUACCUGUUAACAAUACCCAACAUAUAUUCAGGAAAAUUCAGAUUCAGAGGGAAUUUCUUUUCUAAAGAUUUUUAUUGUGGUGUUAAUUUUUUUUAUUGGCACUGUGCCUAAAUAAUCUUUUGAAAGUCUGUCAUGUGUUAACUUUAAUCCAGCCACAGACUCAGUUUCAUAACCAUGGACAAAAGAAGUCUGUAAAAUGUUUUGUCCAUCAAACUGAGCCAGGGUAAUAGCGAGUUUUUCCUUCUACAUGUAGAUUGGUCUAAGGAGGCUCUGAUUGAAGCAUGGAUGACUGAUCCUGUUGCUGCUUGUGAAAAAGCCGGAGUCACUCUUCCAGAGAGUAAGAAAGUGUUAUAAUACUGUAAUAUAAAGUUGGUAUAAUUUACCAUAGUUUUUGUUUGCCGUUGAAAAAUCAGUAUUUAUGAUAUGUUAUGCUGAUAUUUCAAUUCUGUGUCAUAAAUAUUGUAAUGUGUGUCAUCAACUCCUGACUGCUAGUGACCAGCCAAAGAGCUUGUUAAAAUGGCUAUAAAGACAGUAAGUGAUUGACUUUAAUUUUUGUGGGCAUGCACAGCUCCAGUGAUCAUGAGUACCUUUGAAGCCAACAGGAUUGCAACCGCAAGGCAAAGGAGGCUUUCUUAACUGUAGUAAAACAUUUUUGUGGAAGAAACUGCCUUGUUAGCCAGCCAUGUGCCCUUCAGGAGUUUCCAUUCUUAACAAAACCACUCACAUGUAGCAGAGAGGUUGAAAUAUUCAAUUCUUUUGCCUUUUCCCUUUUAUGUAAACCAGAUCAUCAGACAGGCAAUGCGGAACUUGAAGAGAAAGCAAAACUUGUCAGAAAAAGUAACUUUAGAAGUUCUGUGAGUAUUCAUGAAUUCAUAAGAAAUGUGAUCAUCCAACAUUGUGACUUGUUUCCAUUGACAUAGUUCAAGGUCUUGAUUUUGUUUUCUUUUAGAUAACUUUUUUCUUUAUUCAUGUUUUGUAUGUUUGCUUUUCAUAGGAGGUUUGUUCUAUCUGUGUGGAAGAAAUAGUCUAUGAAGAUGUUCCACUAUCUCUUUCCUGUGGUCAUGAAUUCUGCCGCUCCUGUUGGGAGAGGUCUGUACAUGUAUUUAAAGUCUAUAAUCUUUUUGUUUUUCUGUCUAUAAAUGUUAUUUUCUCCCGGGUGAGAAAUGAAAGAAGCAGAAAUAUUUUUUUCACACACAUCUGGGAGUCUGGGUACUAGUGUGUUGAGGGUCUUGACUUGUCAUAUGAUUGGUUGUAAUUAAUGUACCAUUGCCUGACCUCUCACCCACCCACCCACCCACUCUUGAAGCUGAGUAGUUUUAAGUGAUUGCCUCUGAAGGCCAUUUACUAUCUCUUCCAUAGCUACUAGUUUCCCUCAGGAUAUAUUAAUGUAGUUAAACAUUAUGUUCUUCAUGGCAGAUACUUAAAUGAGAAGAUUAAAGAUGGAAAAGCACAUGGUAUUCAGUGUCCUGCAUUUGAUUGUAGUGCUUUAGUGCCUGUGGUGAGUAGCUAUUAACAAUCUAAACAAACUUACAGUAGAAAGAGAGGAGUUUUUAAUCUGCGCCUGCAUCGGUAGUCACGCUGACUGUUAGGGUGCCAUGGACCUAGUAACUCUUUCCCACCAAUUGAUUUUGUUUCAGAUUUUCUAUGGGCAUCACAAAACUUCAACCUGUCCACUCAAACAUGUUAUUCGCCCAACGCUGUUUUUGACAGCCUCUUCUUCUCCCUCCUUGCACUGUUCCUUGUUAGAUUGCCUUUUGCCUUGGCAAGACCUGCUGAUCUUGAUACAAGCCCAAACCACUUUCACUUGCGUUUCUUUACCGUGGUUAAAAGAUGUUAUCAUAGGGCCCAAUGGUCUGCCUGAUUCUGUCUCUGACUGCAUUGUCAGUCAUGUGGUCUCUGUAUGAGAUGCCAAGCAGUUUCCUAAAGAAUCUCAUCUGAGUGGCCUACAAUUUCUUUACGAUGCCCGCUGUCAAUGUUCGGGUUUCGCAGGCAUACAACUGUACUGAGAGAACCAGGGAGAGCAUAAGUCUGAUCUUUGAGCUUAGAGAGAUAUGCUUAUCGUUCCAGAUGGUCUUCAGUUUCGCUAGUGCUGCUGUUGUCUGUGCAAUUAUGGGCAGUACUUCAGGCAGCUUAGAAACUUGAUCUGUAAUGACUGCGCCAAGAUACCUUUACUUUAAGCUGUCAACCUUGUCCAAUUUUUCACCAUUGAUCCUGAUCUCCAUGCUGAUGCCAUUUGUGUUGUUGGUCAUCAGUUUGGUCUUAAACCACUUAUAGAUAUAUUCUGUCGAUAAAAUAGUAACAUUUUUUCUAUUGUCGCUGAUCCUUUUUUUUUUUUUUAACUCUAGGAAACUAUUGAAAGCCUUGUCUCAAGAGAAAUGGCAAAGAGAUACCUUCAUUUUGAUAUAAAGGUCUGAAUUUAACAAUAUUGUAUAUUUAAAGUCUUUACAUUCAUUCAAAUGGUACUGCACAUACCUAAAAAUAUCAUUUUGAGGGUUGCCUAAGUCAUCGUUUUCUCAUUGUCAUGUUUGACUUUUAGUAGAUGGAGUGACUUAAAUUGAAUUUCAACCUUUUAAGCAAGCCUUUAAGAGCCAUUUCCAGUUUGUGCACAGAUGCUUGUAACUCAUAUGAAUGACACAAUGUAUAUUAUUUCAUAAAUGACGAGUUGUAACAUACUUUGGCAGGAAUUUGUUGAGAGUAAUCCCAGUUUGAAAUGGUGUCCAUUUCCUCGGUGUGGCCGAGCUGUGCGCCUCCCACUUAGCAUGCUACCCUCAUCACCUGUUGCUCGGGAAGUGAGCUCAUCAGAAGAAACAGAAGCCAUGAUUGUAGACUGCGGUCAAGGUCAUUUUUUCUGCUGGUAAGUUAGUAAGCAUAGGAUACUCACCAAUAUAUGCAAAGAUCAAAGUGAAAGAAGGGGCCUAUGCUAAUGGAGUGUGUUUGGCAUGGAUACUUACAAAUUACUUAGAGUCAGUGGAAGAACUCGAAAAGGGUUAGUGCCUAAUCGCAGUGAAUGGAAUAUAAAUCUUCCACAGGAGAAGUCACAGAAAUCAGCACAGGCUACCCACUUUCUACUAACAGUACGUUUCCCAUUAAGCAUACACUAUUUUGAUCUGGGUUUUGUCAGUUUAGAGAAAUGCAUGAUGUUUUCAAUCUCAUCUCAUAUUCCUUGUAAACAAAAUCAUUUAAUGAUAAAGUUGAAAGCCCUGAAAGGAUCUUUUCACAUUCUAUACUGCAAGAAAUAAAAGUUGCAAACUGAGAGUGGUUUAUACUCACAUGGGUGAAGAUCAUUAAGAUUGUCUUAAAAGCAUAUUUUGUAGAAAUGGAGCAAUUUGUUUGAAACAGUUUUCUUGAACCUCAGGCACUGUGCACAGGAAGCCCAUGCUCCUUGUAGCUGUGAACUGUGGCGUAAAUGGCUGAAGAAAAUUGCAGAGAUGAUGCCAAAGAUACCAACCACAAAAGGUCAACUAAAUUCUUACUGCUACAGUCAGUGUCACUAUAAGUAUCUGUCUUGGAGAGGUGUCUACCUUGUGACAAAUAUCCAAGAAAAUGACCCAAGAAUGGCAGGAUUACCAACUUAAGGUUGCCAUUCUCGGGAAGCGGUUCUGAAAGAGCUGAAUGCAUUAUAGCACAUAUUUUGCAGUCAUUUAGAACUGCUUUAAGCCUUGUUUGCAUGAAGGGAGAGUGAAGGUCUAUUGAGGAGGUUCCCCUUCUCUAUUUGUGUCCCAGCUUCUUUGCACAAGAGGUGUGGCUACCCUAGGCUAGGCAGAGGGUUACCCUAUCUGCUCUCGAUCACAUUGUAACUCUACUAGGAAGGUUAAUUUCUUUGUGGCUUUGUAAAAUGGUCCAGCUAUGGUUACACUCCUAAAGGGAGUCAAGUGAAAGUUCAAGUCAAAAUACCAUAUAUGCAAGUUUCAGUGGCAAGAUAGCUCUUCCCUUAGUUAACCUUGUUUAUGUUAAGAGGAUUAUCCGCCUUCCUUUUCAAACAGGGCUUAAGACUUUGCUGACAACUGCAUUUCUUCUCUGAUUUGCGUUUUAGAUGUUUCUGAGUGUCCUGAAACAGAAGUUGUUGCAAACACGUUAUGGCUAGUAACAAACUCCAAAUGCUGCCCUAACUGCAAGUGAGUCAGCUAGAUUUUUUGUUGGACAGGCUUACUCACAGGCAAUGUCGUGAAAUCAAGAAAUAUUGCACUUCCCCACACCUGCAGAGUUUUCCUUGUACUGUACAUGUUUCAUUAGUUGGUUAGAGUGUAUAAUUAUUGGUAAAAGCUUUAUUUUGAUACCGAAGCAAAAGCACACAGAUUACUAACUAUAUAUAUACUGGAAGGGUUGGAAGAUUUGUUUUGUUAGCACACAUUGUACCUACAGGAAUUGAAAACCACAGUAUGCUUUAUGGUGCCAAGUUAAGCAAUAAUUGUUGCCUUCUAGAUCACCCAUUCAGAAGAAUGAAGGAUGUAAUCAUAUGAAAUGCACAAAAGUAUGUAUGUUUUAACUGGAUUAUAAUUUGUUUUUUCUUUCCAGUAAUCUGUUAGCAUCUAGCUCUUUCCCUUCACAGUAUCUUCUGGUUUCUUCCUUGAUAACUUUGCUUGUUUUUUUUGCUUUGUUUUAGUGUAAACAUGAGUUCUGCUGGGUUUGCCUUGAACAGUGGAAGAAACACAGUUCAGCUACAGGAGGUUAUUUUAGGUUUGUACAACAAGAAAUUCUUCAAUCAGUUAAUGUACAGUCCUGACAUUAUACACUUUCGUAAAAAGAAAAAGAAGUGUGUGUUAACCAUGGCAGGUUUAGCUCAGUCAGUAGGGCCCUGACCUGCAGAAGGAGGAGUAGGGGGGGAGGGGGGGCAGGUUGUGGGUUUGACCCCAAGUGUGCAUUAAUGACAGCAGUUUUAGCUCAGUCCGUUGAGCAAUGGACUGCAGAGCAGGAUGUUAUUGGUUCAAUCCCUAGGGUCAGACCAACACUUGCGGUCCUUAGAUAAAAAGUGCGCGUUAACUGCAGCAGGUUUUGCUCAGUCAGUUGAGUACUGGACUGAGGAGCAGGAUGUUGCGGCUUCAAUCCUCAGGGCCAGACCAACCCUCAGGGUCUUAAAAUAAAAGAGGAAUGAAAGUGUGUGUUAACCACAGCAGGUUUGGCUCAGUCAGUAGAGCAAUGGACUUCAGUGGGGAAGGGGAGGUUGUGGGUUUGAUCCCCAAGGCUGGACUAACACUUGGGGUCUUAAAAAAAAAAGAGAGAAGCGAAGGUACUGUGCCCUUUGCCCAGAGAGCGGCUUAGAGACCUUCUCCAGGCUUGGAUGGUGACAGAAAUUGCAGUCUCCUCUAAAUUAAGCCAUUAAACUAGGUUCAUGUGACAAACAUCCCGCAUACUGCUAAGAAAGUUUUAUUUAAUAUUUUAUUCUUUAUUUGCAGGUGUAAUAGAUUUGAAGUAGUGCAAAAAGUAGAAACAGAAUCAGCUAAGCUAGUGUCAGAGGUAAUGUUCUUUUAAAUCCAUUCUGUAAUAUUGCUUGAAAUAAAACAAUAUCUGUAAGUGAUAGUUGUAUCUUUAAACGCAAGUAUCAGAAAACUUAAUAAAAUAUGGAAGAAGUAUAUGCUUCUUAAUACGGCUUCUAGUGGCUUGGUUAUUGCUGUUCAAUAAUAUUCACCAUAGUAGAACAAAAGGUAUACAAACCUUCAUCGUUUAUAUCUACAUGUAACUUGUUUUGUGUUUCGUGUUUAAAUCAUUUUUGUACCCUCUGAGUUUAGCUUCAGACUAUAUCCAUGUCUCCCUACCUUUCUGAACAGUACUCGUUUGUCAUUUAUUUUAACAGGCAAGUGCAAAGAAUGCCCAAAUAGUAGAGUUGAAUUGUUUCCUACAUUACUACUCUCGCUUCAAGAAUCACGAAAAUAGUUACAAGGUAAAGGCUUUUACUGAGUGCAUUUUACUUUCUGCAUUUGUCAGCCUGGAGGGGAGGGAAGGGGCUAAGUUGUUCCCUACAUUUCUCCUUUUUCCUCAAACUUUACUUUUUUGUGUUUUAGUUUGAAGAGCCUUUAUUGGGUACAGCUAAAGAUAAAAUGACAGCUCUGGCGAUGGCUGCCAUAGAAACAGGUAAGCCAAAAUCAUUAAAGCCUUUCUAAGAUAUUAAAAGGCUUUCCCUCUUCACAAAGAUGACCCAGGACAAACGAGAUAACAGUCCAAACAGAUUCAAGCCAGCAUUUUGAGACGUUUUUACUCGUAAGUACCCCUUAAUUCGUGUCUGUGUGAUAUUUUAUUGGCUUUUUCGUGAUUGGCCAUUUUGUUACACUUCAGCGUAGCUGGAUGGUGUUGUUUUCAACUGCAGUAAUGGGGAUAGUGCAGUUAAUAUUUUAUUUUGGUUGAUUUUUUUCAUUUCAGAAGUUUUUGUUUUUCCUUUGUUUCAAUUUCAUUAGCAUACAUGACCAUACCCCCAAACCAAGGAAAAACAAAAAUUGAGUACAACUGGUAUCUUAUCGCCCUAUAUUGGUUAUUACAAGAUUGUGCCGCGAGAAACUAGGUCAAAAUUUCUUCCCAAAAAAUUGUCAUAGUACAAUUCAGAACUUAACCCACCCAGUCUGAAGCGCCACAUCAAAAGUGCCAAUAACUUAGUGGUAAAUCAUAUCCAACAAAUCACGUUUUUUGCCAAUUGCAGUAAAGUCAAAUUAAAGUACAAAUAGGAUUAAGUGUCGUUUUGAUUAACUGAUUGAUUGUUGAUUGAUUUAUUGCAGCAUCAGCAGAUAAUGUUGAUACGUCUUUCAUCGAGGAUGCUGUGCAUGAAUUACUUAAUGCAAGACGAGUUUUACGAGCAUCAUAUCCUUAUGGUUAUUAUCUUACCGGCAAUAAAGACAAGAAAGCAAUAUUUGAGUCCAUGCAGGUUAGCGUUGUUACAUGUUUACGUUAUGAUCAGUCGUUUGGUAUUAGCUUUGCUCUCUCAUUAUUGUGAACAGCUUAAAGUCGUCCCUGAGUCCACUAGCUGUUAGGUUGUGUACGACAUUGAUUUAAUUGUUGUUGCUGUUUUUUUUCAUCAACUGCUUAUGAUGUUAGAGUUAAAGAGGAGUUUGCAGAACCUGCCUCCUCCGCAGGCUUUCCAAAGGCAUUGUUGGGGGACACGGACUUUUAACCUUUAAAUCCUAACAUCAAAAUUCAGAUUCUCAUUUGUGAUCCCUAUACGUUUUCAAUAGAAGUAGUGGGGAGAAUUUGUUGAAGUAUCAAUUAGAUUCAUCUUGUGUGAUCAUGUCCUUAAUUCUCAUGAACACUCUGUUUUAUAAAGCAGUGAUAUUACAAGGAGAAAUUUGACGCUGAUCACUCUUAGGGCUUAAAGGGUUAAAGCGGGCUACUGGAGACGUGCGAGAAGCGUGUGUGGGAGUUGAUAGCGCCAGCGGGGAGUGAUGGGAAGGAAAACGAGAAAAAAGGACAUACAGAUCAAAUGCACGAUUCAAGUAGCCUGCGCAUGCGUAGCAAGCGUCUCUGUGCGGUUUAGGACCAAAGAACAAGGAACAAGAGUCAAAGACCGCGCGAAAAAUGGCGCAAGUAAAAGAGCGGGGAGGGGGUGGGGAAGAAAGGAAGGUUUACUUCCUUCCCCUCCCCCUCCCCCUCUUUCAUUUUUUGGCUCUCGUUUCAUUUCUUGCGCGGUCAAAACCGAAAAUCCCGUUCCUCGGUUUUUUUUGCUCCGAAACUAAACGGAAAACGCUUGCUACGCAGGCUACGAUUCAAGCAGAGUUAAUUUUCAAUUAGUAUAGCAUUCUGUGACACUCCCCAGAUAAUCCAACAUUAACAGUGUCUUAAUACAUAGAGCAAAAUGUUGGGUUUUUAACUUUAAACUAUUCCUCUUUUUUUGGCCGUUAGACUGAAGUAGAAGAAGCUACUGAGACUUUGUCUCAGAUGGUGGCUCGACCUUAUUUGAGAACUCCGCGCGCAAAGAUAAUUCAAACAACCCAGCUACUGCAUAGAAAGCGACAGGACUUUUUGUUGGCUUUGUCUCGAGGAGUUAUUCCCGAUGACGAUCAGUUUUCAGAACCCACAGGCUUUGUUGAUAGGUAUGUGAUUGUCUUUGGUAGAAAGGGUAGACGGGGGGCAGGGGGUGUUGCAAGACGGGUUCUAAUAGCCGCACAUGGUGAAAACAAGAAGUUUGAUUUAACGCACUGAAAAAAGAAGCGCGCAGAAAUCGAUCCAGCUGCACAUUGGUUUAUUCGUUACUAUCUGCGAUAAUUUAUUUGAACUUUCUCUUACUUGUGUGUUUUUAUUUCAGGCUAAGUCUAAUUUCACAUUCAGGUGCUAGUCAAGACAGUGAGGUAACUUUAAAGCCUCUCUUUACUUGCUGUAUAUAUUGAUAAUAUAUCUCAUUAGGUUGAGAAAUUUACUUCACAUCUUAUUUGUGACCUUAACAUUGAUCACAGUCCCUGGCUCAGGGUUAUCUUCUACUUGUCCCUCUGAAAAGGAGAGAACCCUGGGAACGAGGUUGCAACUCUAGCUUACUGGUAGACGACUCCUUUAUCCCUUUUCCGCGUGCUACCACCACUAGGAAUUUCCAACCUGUCUCACUUAUUCCUGUCACUUCCCAGUAAAGCUAACAGAGGUGACCUGUCCGACUACACUCGUCUUCAUAACGAGCGUAACACGGGAGAGUGAGGUGUUACGGAUAGCGAGAGAGCGAGGAAAUUGCCGUCGUCUUCCUCUGUUUCCCCCUGCCAUUAUCUCUUGCUCCCGUGCCACCUCGCACUCAUCUUAACCAAUGCAAACUUGGGUUUGAAAAUUCGACCAACGGUCCCUAUUAAAACACCAGGAUAGUUAAAGAAUAAUUGCAUCACUCUUGGCAAAAACAUUCAAAUAUCACAAUUCAAAUACUUCAACUUAUUCUUUUUCAGUCUGAUGAAGAUGAGAGCAACCUUGAUGAAGUGCUUUCCUCAAUUGAACAGUCAAUUCUCAGUUCACGUUUAGCGAAAUUGGGUAUAAAACAGAGCGGUGAUAGGGCAGAAGGAGAACAAGCCACGCCCCUUGAAGAUAGAGUCAACUGCGAAACUAUUCACAAAAAAUUCAACAUGACUUCCUGUUACUUAUGUAAACAUGGCUACAGCUCCAACAAGAAAGAAGAGAAAAAGAAAAGUAACUUGAAAUCUUGUUCUUUGUUUAAUAUCAAGGAAAAGAGGAAACUUAUUUUCCAUUCCAGCUUGUAUCAAACGCCACGCGCCAUUAAUAACUUUCGACUCUUGUCUGUGUGUCACUACCCUACUAGCAGAGUCGCUUCGAUCUUCCUAGAUAAGUCGGGAAAGAGGAAAGAAAGAUCGAAGCGACUCUGCUAGCAGGGCAGUGUGUCACUUAAGAGCAUUCGGUGAUUUACGCGUAGCUUGGUUUGAAAUUGCUACUCCCCUAAGCUCCUUCUUCCUCCUCAGGCGCGUGCUUCUUUUUACCCGUUUUUCUUUCAGGGGCGAGCGCGAAACGCUAGUGACUGGUACGGGUAGAAAUCCUCUUAUUGUGCAUUUCUGUUAAUUUAUUAUUAUUUUUGUUGUUGUUGUUGUUGUUUGCUUUAGAACGUCACCGCCAAAGCCAGCCAGCUGAGUUUGAUGAGGACAUUGAUGUAGAUUUUAUGAGGGCCAUUCAUCUUUCCCUGCUACAACACAGCACCCCAGCCAAUCACAGAGGCCGAGAAUCAAGCUCUUCUAGUAGCUCAGCAAGCUCAAACAGAGAUCAGACACAGCCUAGGCAAGACAUGGCCGCCGCCAUGACAGUGUUUUCUACUGAGGAUAGUGCCUCUCUACAAAGAGCUAUAGAGUUAUCACUUCAAGAUUCUGCUGUAGGAGGUAGCUAUUAAUAACCUUGAUAAGCAUGCAUUUUCUUCACACCCUUCUCAAUUAAUUUCCCGUGGUACUAAUAAGGGGAAAUUGAAUAACAAUCCAGACUGGUUUUACUUGCUGAUCAGUUUCUCAUCAGCCUCAUGUUUGAUCAAACAAUGGUACUGUAAGGAAAAAACUACAUGUUGGUUAUUUCUCCUCAAUAGCUAAAAUAAAUUGUUCUGCCUUUUAAUUUCAAAAGCUUCUUGUUUGCUGUAGUGUUUAGUUUCAACGUAACUGCCAAUUUUACUAACUGUUGGUAAUGUUUUUCCCUCAGAUAUAUCCUCGUCUCCUGAUGACGAUAUAAAAAGAGCCAUCAGACUCUCACUGCAGGACAGCGGUCUGCCCCCAGUGGGUAGUGAUAGCAGUGGAAACACGGACAGGUCAUCUUCUCAAAACCAGCAACCAACACUUCCAGCAGAUAGUGACAGUGAUAGUGAUGAUGAAUUCGUUGUUUAGGUAUCUCCCUCCCCCUCCCUUCCUCCCCUCUCCCUCCCCUCUCCUCCAUUGAAUCGGGUAAACUGCUGUUACCUACUGUAGCCAACAUGGACGUGUGAAAUCCUACGCCAUUUUCUCAAUCUCUUCACUGUCAAAACAGCCGAUCCACUGCGCCGCCGCUUAACGCGACGUCUGUGCGUCCCUUUUUCUUUCGAUAUCAAUACGAUUGACGUCAAUCGAAUUACUAUCGGCAAAUAUCUAAAUAUCUUCCAAUUUUGGUCAAUGCUAGUUGGUUAUGAAUAAUUAGCGGGGAGAUUUAAGCCAUUCAGAUAUAAAAUAUAUUUUGAAUGCCAUGAUAAAUAAUGUUAAAUAUAAUUUCUCUAUACUUUUACCUAGAUAUAUUAAGGGGAUGUCUUUGACGAAAAUGUCAUGAUUUGCUAACAACGAGACGUCAGUGUAAUUUAGAAUAACUCUAACGCUAAAUAUGUUCAACAUAAAAUGUUGAAAGUAGGUUUUUUUGUUUGUUUUUUGUUCGUCUGUUUCUUCGUAUGGUUUGCGCUUACUCAUACAUUAUGCGCAGUGUCUGGAAUAUGACCGCUGUGGUAAGGGAGCGGUGUUUGGGGGGUGGGGGAAGGGGAGCUUACCCACACCUCCUUCCCCAUGCUACCGCUACACGAGACAGACCGUGUGGUCGUUUCCUAUACUAUCAUAAUAUUCAAUUGCUGACAUACAGGUUUAACCUGCAUGAAAGUUUAUCGAUUAGGUUUUGUGUAAGUAGCUCAUUUUAAUACUUGUCACCAUUUUUAUUGUAUUAUAAGAACAAAAAAUCAAGUAAUUGGUCUUCAUUAUAUUAGAACGGCAAACAUAGAUCCCAGUAAAUUUGAAGUAACG